AUGGUUGUUACGAUCCCUCGACUGGAAUUGAUGAUCUCCCUGAUUGGUUCCUUGGCUAGUUCCAUGCUUGCCUUUAUUCUACCACCGAUAUUGGAGUUGGUUCAUCUGUGGCCCAGUCGCCACUCAAUCCGUUGGUUUUGGUUCCUUGUGUUUACGAAACACAUGGUAAUAAUCUUCAUCGGGUUUAUCAGCUUUUUGGGUGGAACAGUAGCCACACUAAUGCAAUUAAUUGAAGCUUUUGGUAAACCGGACACCAGUUCGUCCUGA